AUGAUCUUCUCCAUCGUAGUAGCAGCUUUGUGUUUAGCUGGAGAAAUCUCCGCUACAAACCUUGCCUUGAAAAGGCCGGUCACCCAGAGCAGCUUCUGGUCCGUCUUUAGUGGAGCUCGGGCCGUUGAUGGCAACACAAAUGGCAAUUUCGAUAAGGGUAGAUCCUGUUUCAUGUCCGGUGACGACGAAAGUGACCCUUGGUGGAUGGUGGACCUUGGUCAAGCGUACCCUGUGGCCUCAGUGACCCUCUACAACAGAGCCGAUUGCUGUGGGUCAAGGUUAAACAAUCUGGAGAUCCGAGUGCACUCUGACCCCACAACUGAAGGUCAGCUGUGUGGCGCUGUCACCGCACCUCAACCAGAUGGCGCUGUCAAGGUCAUCAACUGCCCACCAGGAGUUAAAGGCCAGUACGUCCGUAUUGUCAAGGACAAGUCCGUUGACAAUGACGUCCUGAGCUUCUGUGAGGUCGAAGUUGAAGAAGCCAACGAGUGUUCCAGUGGCUUCAACAGUGUUGCCAACCAAUGCCUCGCCUUCGCCGACACAUUAGCAACUUUCGCUGAGGCAAUCACCUACUGUGAGCUGCGGGAGUCCCGGCUCGUCAUGAUUAAGACCGAGGAGCUCGACAACGCCAUCGCAGCCUACAUCAACGCCAACGGACUUGACGGACACAACUAUUACGUCGGCGCUAGCGACAUGGAGGACAACAACGUGUACCACUGGAUCGACGGCAGCUUGGUUGUGGCACCAUGGCAUCCGACCGGACCCUCCGCUACUCUGUUGCCAGGGCAGACACAAGAUUCUGGGUGUGGGUAUCUGAACACCACCUCCACGUACGCCUGGGAGGCCAUGCCUUGCAGCGAGCCCAACUAUUUUAUCUGCCAGCAGUAGCCUGUGAAAUCUGUGUACACCAUUGAAUACCCAUAUAUAAUGUGCUCAAAGGUGAAUGUUUCACCUGUGUACAUAUAUGAA